AUGGAACUUGCAACUGCAGACCAUAGUGUUGACCGGGGAUCACAACACUGCCCAAUCUCCUUGGCCCGCGUAUUCAGCACCGGCUCAGCCUCCCCGGUGAGGGGUGCAAGCGAGCAAGUGAGCUAUAGUUGUCACUGGGCGGUAAGAGAAGAGGAGAUAACACCUCAGCUGCUAAAUGAGCAAACUCCUCGGAGCGAAGUGGUCGGACCAAGAAAUUUGAUUGAGUUCAAGGGUGAACGGCGUCCCCGUCGAAGACUAAAAAUCCUUCUAGCGGCUCAGUCUAGUCGGGCACAGAUCCCUUGUAUAGAAUCCUCCAUUUGGAUCUUAGCGCACCCGAGCAUGGAGAACACACCUAGAACAGGAAAAGAAUUCGACCUUUCGCGAUAUCUCAGAUCACAAAUGAAUAAACUCUAA